AAUCAAACUCACUUCUGUUGGGCUCUUUUUGCACCACCACUCUCUUCUCUCGCUUUCCCUCUCUGCGCCUGUCUCUGUCUCUGUCUCUGUCUCUCUUCUCCCAGAGCUUUAGGUGAAGAAUCCGUUUGUUUCAGAUCGGAUCAGAACAAGAUCUUUGAAUUCUCUACAAUCUCACUGAACUUUGGAUUCUGUACAUUGCACCAGAUUAAGCAGUCGUGGAUAAUUUCAUACGACAGAGUAGAACAGCAUGCCGUGGUUGGGGUUGUCUGUUGAUGUGUUUCGCAAAGUUGUGCAGUUGAACUUAUAUUGCAGGGUUAUUCUGUAAAUCAGUGUUCCCUUAACUGAAUCCUGACUAGUGAUUUUGCUUCUAUUGCCCUACCGCUCUUUGCUUAACUGUCCAUGGGAUCCAAUCACUUUUUCAUAAUUUCUUUUGACCUGCGUAGAAUUAGCUGAAAAGAUAGAGUUAAAACCUAGUUUGAAAUCAAGCUCUUCCUUUUAUUCCCCCUCUUGUUUAAUCUCAUCUCGCUUGUCAAUCUACGUCCGAUCUUUCGUUUAAGGUCUAGUUUUGCCCGUUUCCUGCUCUCUGUUGUUGGGUGUUUGUUUUGUGCCUAUACAGUAGUCAGACAGUCAAGGUUCGAAAGAAGUUAUGGUGUGCCAAGCAGCAAGCCAAACUAGAUUCCGGGCAUUAAAACAUGAGAAUGGGAUUGCAGGGAAACCUACGAUCAUAGUUAGAGUUAUUGCAUGCUUUCAACCUUUGCAGGAUUGCCAAGCUGAGUACUUCCGUCAUUUGCUUAAACCUGUCACGUAGACUAAUUCCUUGUUUCGCAUCAAAUUGAGCUGGAAAUUGUUGAUUUUUCUUUUUCAAUUUUUUGUUCUAAAAAGAAGCUGCAAGUUUUUGAAUAUUCCAGAUUAAAGCACCAAUCCAUCUCCCGGUGAUUGUACGUGGAUGGUUAAGGCCAGCGAAUCUCGGCUUUGUCCAGAGCAUUCUGCUUGGAAGCCAUCUAAACUGAAUUUCAUGAGCACGGCACUGUGCCCGAGGCAGCAGGAACAUUUGCCAACAUGUGUAGACCCUGGCAUUUCUGUGUCCUCUUCACCUAUGGCACUGCCCAGGUUUGCAGUUCCUAUCAUACCAGACUUGAAGACUGAACAAAUUAAUGAAGCUCAUGGAUCUAUUCAGUGUUCGCCUCUUCAAUUCCAGAGCUUGCUUCCUACUCCUGAUCUUUAUCUCAAACCAAAGCAAUCUGUGCUGUCUAGCGUGUUUAAUGGGAAGGCUGUGCCAAAUGCAAAUUCUGGGUCUUCUCCAAAGAGGUUUCUUAUUUUUGAUCAGUGUGGGAAUCAAACGAGGAUAAUUUAUAAUUCAGUUUGCUUCCCUGUUGAGAACCCAACUGCUGCCACAAAAUCACGUUGUUCGUUUAAGUUUAAUGAGGAACCAGAAGCAGCUAGAGUGUGUCAAACUGAUCCAAGCAAGUACACUUUGCAAGAAGAGUCUGGUGAAAAUAUAAUAACUCGUGAAGAAAGCGAGAUGCAUGAAGACACCGAAGAAAUCAAUGCCUUGCUUUACUCUGAUGAUGAUGAUGAUGGUGAUGAAUAUGGUGAUGACGAUGAAAUAAUGAGCACAGGCCAUUCUCCAAUCGCUAUAAAGAGGAGCCAUGAGAAACAUGAACAGGUUGAAUACCUAGCGGAUGAAGUUACUGGACCUGACAGCCCAAACAAAAGGCAGAAACUACUCGAUGGUAGGUACAAAGAGUUGUCACCUAUGGGCACUGCUAGUUCAGUAAAACUGGACAGAUCUGCCGAGUACGAUAGUGAUGCUGAAUCAGGCUACGCCAUUGGCCAGAACCAAGCUGAGGAAGCGGGUUCUAUUUUGGGAAAGGUGUGUUUUAAAAGGGAUAAAAUCCGUGAGACAUUGAGAGCACUUGAGGGUAUAAUUCCCGGUGCAGAGGGUAAGGACCCAUCGUUGGUUAUUGAUGAAGCUAUAGAUUACCUGAAGAUUUUGAAGAGCCAAAUCUGUAGGAGCGAACAAGCAAUAGGUUGCACCCUCCUUGGCAUGUUUGCCAAAGGGUUGGAAGAAGGGUGGAAAGGUGGUAACCCUUGAUUUCUUGGCUUGAAUGAUUGAAACUUAGAAAGAAGUGUAGUGGCUUUGGUUUUGUGGGGCCCUUUUCCAUCUUUUCCUGAAGAGCUGUAUAUAAUGGGCCAAUAAAGGGAGGAUGUAAUGGUAUCGAAAUGCACUUUGGUUACUGGGAGUGAUGAAAAAAUGGUGUGUUUUUGUUGACUAGAAAUAAUUAUCUUUUAGCUUUUGGGGGAUUAAAGAUUAAAGAAAGUCGCAAAGAUUUGAACGCAUGGGAGAUUCUAGUGGUGGGCUGUGCUGUAAAAUGAGGACCCUUUUUCCGGAUUGUUGAGAACCCCCCAUGGAACAAGCGCAUGCGUGUUUGGUAAUCAGGGGUCCCACUUUUAAUCCCUCUUUGCUUGUUGAUUUUAGGCUUUUGUCCUCUCCCUUGGAGUUGGUAUAAAAUUCUAAAGGUAAGAAGAAAGUUGCCGGUGUGGAUGAGUGCUUGGAGUGAGAGCAUGGUCUUACAUCAUGCAUUCCGGGCCCCUUCUUUCAUCAAAUCAUGUCGGAAAAGGUUAUUACUUGUUUUACAUGAGGGGGAAAGUCGAGUCUAUUGUACAGUGAUGUGUUGCUUUGAUUAACGUGGACGAGUGUGUCUUUUGCGAGUAUUCCUUUUGUGAGUGGGUUUGGAUUGUUCUGUGGUGACUAUUACGAGUUUGUCAGUUUUUAUGUUUGUGUGUGAAAAUAAUUGGAGUGUGGAUGCUGCAGCGGUGGUUGUGGGGAUGUGGGCUGCUUGCUUUGGGAUGGGUGGAUCGGAGUUUACUUUGGCUGAUGUUUUGUUGUUCUUGUUGUCCAGUGUCCUAUGUAACUGUCCUUUACGUUUGCCUUUUGUAAAAUUAAAAAGAUAUCUGUUGUGAA